AGUUAGUGCGGUGUGUUAGUUUAACCCUUACAGCUACUGCAAAUCAAUACAGUGUCACUGAAGUCUCCAGGAAGUAAAGAGCAAAAGUGGGAGGGAAGAAAGGUGUAUUUAAACUGUAGGGAAAGGUUAGAGUCAGACGGGGAAGACAAACAGAGCCAAUAAAUCACACAGGGUGGAAAACAGGGACAUGAUAUUCACCCGAACCUUAAACCUGGAGAGCAGACGAACACAUCAGUACAACAAAGCAACUAGCAGGAUAAACAGAGAGAGGGACAAGAAGAGAGGGAUCACAGGGGCGCAUUCACGAUAAACGAGAAGAGAGACGGCUCGGAGUUUUAACCAAGACGCUGCAUUCCUUUAAAUCUCAGAUUGCUGCCUUUCAGUGCAGCAACUAAAGCAAUGAGGGCUGGUGACUUGGUUCCUGAAGACAGCACAACACCUUUAAACUCAGGACAGCCAGGUGUAGCCAAACGUGGCAAGUUCAGACAGAGAAUGCAAGCCACAAAGCCUCAGAGAAGUGUGUGGUCAUCGAGAAAGAAGCUCAUCAUCACUAUAAUCUGUGUUGUGGUUAUUUUAGCCAUCCUGGCAGUGGCUGGGUAUUUAAUUGCCCUACUCAUUAACAGCAAGUACUUCUUCUGCUCCAAGUCAGUGAAGUUCAUUCCCCUGGCACAAGCCUGUGAUGGCAAACCAGACUGUACAGGAGGAGAGGACGAGUCUUCAUGUGUCUCACGUUUCAAAAGCGACAUAACAUUUCCUGUUCGUCUGGCCACGAAUCUCUCUGUGCUUCAGAUUUAUAAUCCCACUGAAUACAAGUGGCAGAGUGUGUGUGCGGACGGCUGGACGGCGAAAUACACUGAAACUGUGUGUCAGCAGUUGGGAUACACACUAAAACCUUCAUACACAACAGUAUCGCUGUCCGAUCUGCCGUCGGAACUGAAGAAGGUGUUUUGUGCUCUGAGACCAAACGGCACCAUGCCGGUUUCCUCCAGUGUAUCAGUUCAAGCAACGUGCAGCUCAGGUUCAGUAGUUUCCGUAUCCUGCUCAGACUGUGGGCCAAAGGGAUCUGAGAGCAGGAUUGUUGGAGGACAAAAUGCACUUAUUGACCACUGGCCGUGGCAGGUGAGCCUGCAGCAGAACGGUCAGCACGCCUGUGGAGGCUCGCUGGUGUCUCCAAAGUGGAUCAUCACAGCAGCCCACUGCUUCACAGGCAGGGCGGAGGUGACAAGGUGGAGGGUGGUGGCAGGCAGUACGUACAUGACAUCACUAGGAGGCUCUGCUGUGGAUCAGAUCAUUGUAAAUGGAGACUACAACUCAGAAACCAGUGAUUAUGACUUGGCAAUGAUGAGACUCACACAGCCUCUCACUAUAGGAGUCUCAGUGAAGCCUGUAUGUCUCCCCCCUUAUAAUCUGGGGCUCACAGCAGGAACCUCGCUGGUGGUAACUGGCUGGGGUAAUCUGCAGGAAAAUGGUCAGUUAUCGUCUAACCUUCAGGAAGCCAUUGUUCCUCUGAUCAGCCGUGCUCAGUGCGCCAGUCCUGCAGUUUAUGGUGGUAGUCUCACUCAGAGGAUGAUCUGUGCAGGGUAUCUGCAGGGUAAAGUGGACGCAUGCCAGGGUGACAGCGGAGGUCCUCUGGUGUAUCUUCAGGAUCACUGGAUGUUGGUGGGUGUGGUGAGUUGGGGUGUAGGAUGUGCAAGACCAAAUCUACCUGGUGUUUACUCUAAUGUGGAUCAGAUGCUGAACUGGGUCAACACUGUCAUGCAGAGAUCAUGAGCCAGAGCCAUCAGGAGGACACGAGUGUGUUAGAACAAACACAAACAUUACACCAGUGCAAUACUCUGUUUAAUCUACAUGAACUCUGAGGACGUAUUGAGCCGUUACUAAACCCACAAAUGAUGAAUCAGGUGCAGAAUAAGAACUGAAUGUUCACUUCCAUACUGGUGCAGUUUAUUAUUCACCUUCUCAGGGAUGAUUUUAAUUGAAGAUGCAAUUGUUGCCUCAAUAAAUGAUAAGAGAGAAUAAUGUUAGCUUUAUACUGUUUACUUCACCAAAUACAUGAGGAUCACUUCUUAUAAUUAGUCCUAGUUUGUGUUAUUGUGUUUCACUCUUUACAUGUACUGAGUUUCUUCGUUUGCACUUUUCUCAGCAAUGAGAAGUGACGUGUUGGGAUCAGAUACUUCGGACUAUUUGGAUGUCAUUAUUUAACAUGUCAGAUAAGCCAGAAGUUACUAAAUUUAAUUUAAGUUGUAUUGUAUAAAUAUGUGCUUUUAUAAAGUUAACAAAAUCUUCUUCCUGCCAAACGGAGAUCAAACUUUAAUGGUGUUGUGAAUUAGUUCAUGUUGUUCUGGCUCAAGCUCUCAUGUGGUGCGAUAUGAGUGAAUACUUCUGUGAAUUUUAAUUGUAGUGUCUGAUAAAAAAUAUCAUGUAAAUAUUAUGUAAAAUGUUCAAUAAAUUAUGGUAUUUAAGGGAG